AUGAAAACACACCUUUGGGCGUUUCAAUUAUCUUACGAGGAACAAAAAGUGUGAUCGAUACGAUCCAACGGUAACGAUUAAAAUGAAACGUAAACGUAGCUAAGCUCCUGGCUCCAAAAGACGCAUGAUGUCUGUCUAGUAGUCAUGUCCAAUAUGGCGUGUAUAUUGUGAGUUGCAUUAACGUGCAGGUUCUGUUCCUGCUUCUACUGCAAUUAUUUUUUGUGAAUAAAGGGAAUGAGAUAAAUAUAGAAAAUUUGUUGUAAAACAAUGUACAAUGAACUACGGUGGGAAUAUGCCAAAUUGGCACCAAUAUAAUACCUCACAAACAAAUGAAGUUUCAUCUUCUACGCAAAAUAUAAAUUCUGGUCACCUUACAUUCAUUCCUGGUGUCAGUCCUACAUUAAAUCCAAUUAGCCUUAACUCAGAGGGCCUAAAUAAGCAUCAGAAUGAUGCAAAUUACAAUUCAAGAAAUUUUCAAUCUUUUAACAAUGCCUCAAAUGGUUCAACUAUUCCAAAUAAUAGCCCUCUUGCAUCUAUGGUGCAAAUGCAGAAUUGCAUUGGCCAUUAUGGUUCUUCAAAUACAAGAAAUCCUAUGUUAGAUAACAUAAAUGCUUCUGUGGAUCCUAGAAACACUACAAUUGGAACUAUAAAUGAUGAAAUAGGAUACAGAAGUAAUCAGGUGCCUUUCAAUGGACCUAUAGGUCAUCUAAAUGGACCAAACUGCAAUUUAAAUGCACCUUCUGGACCUAGAACAGGGCCUGGGUCUAUCCCUGGACCUAGAACUAAUGGACUUGGAACCAAUCCUAGCACUGGAACUGGUCCCAGUUCUAUGUUUGGGCCUAGUUCCAGACAUGGACCGGCACUAGGAACUGGAUCAAGCUCUGGAAAUAUGGGACCAAGAAAUACUAAUAUUAAUUCACUACCUCCUGGGAAACCUGGCCCCUCUUCUUCGUUUAUCCCUUGUAAAGGUUUGUGUUGCAAUUCAGAUCCUAAUAUUAAUUAUCAGCAGUGGGAGAAGUUUGGAUCCUAUCAAAAUAAUACAUCAUAUAGAGAUAAUGUACAUUCAUCUAAUUAUCAGAUUGAAAAUAAACAUUUUGGAAAUAAUUGUAAUUUUAGAAAAGAUAAUUUAGAAGGUAAAGAAGUAAUGAGUCCCGUAUUACCUAAUGCGCCCACUAUAGAUCAUAGAAGAAAUUUUGCAGAUUAUAAAUAUCAUAAGGAUCAUCUAAUGCAUAGAAAUUAUGUAACAUCUUCAGGAAUGUUUCACAAUUAUUCCAUGCAAAAUUACAAUUAUUCUACAGAGCAUCAAAAAUAUCCAUAUCCAGUAAAAGAACAUACAAGGACGAAUAAUAUGAACAUGCCGAAUUCAGGAAUACUUAAACAUCAAGAACAAAAUUUCAUUCCCCAACAAAAGUUCAAUAAUAAACAAUUCCAAUAUCAGAAUGGGAAUAUGUUACCCAAAGGGAUGCCUAAUUUAAACGUAAAUACAAAUAUGGCAUCAUCCUCUCAAAAUCCAUAUUUUAAUUCGCAAUUUCCAAGAAACAUUUCUGCAGAAAUGCCUCACGAAUGUCAAGAAACCACUGAUAAUGCUGCAAUGAUAAACAGAAUGCAGAAUACCUUUAUGCACAACUCUUCUCCACAACAUCAAGUAUAUCAACAUAAAAUAGCAAUGCAAAAAUUUUCAAUAGAAAAUCAUCUUAGAGAACUGAGCAGGAUACCUGGCUAUCAAUCCCAUCCCAAAUAUAAAGAAUGUAUUCUCAGAUACAGAGAAGUAUUAAAAUUACAACAAUCAUCUGGAUAUCAAAAUCCAGUUCAACAAACCCCACGUGUAGCAACACCGAUAAACACAAUGCCUCCUAUUAAUUUGCAGUUCGAUCAGAAUGGUAUGUUGAUAAAUUCCAAUUAUCUACCGGAUAAUUUUCCCAAAUUGCAACAUGCACCGAUCAUGGAACAAACAUCAAAAGACAUUGAUAAACAAAAUAAAACUCAAGAUAUUGGUAUAGUUAACGAAAAAUGUCAACAAUCGCAGCAAUCAGACCAAUUAAUGAUUCCCCAGCAAAGCGAGCAUGUUCCUUCUUCUUGUACAGAGACAUUUCAAAAGCAGAAUCAAUUCUCGAUACACGAAGAUUUCAAUCAAAAUCAAUUAAAAGUACAAACGAGUGAGAGUCACAGCUUUAAUACUUUAAAUACUAACACUAGCAACGAAACAAUAAUGCAGCAAAAAACUUCGAAAGAGUUUGCCAAUAAACCGGAUUUGGACGUCAGACAAUUCUUGGCUAAUUGGGAUGAAACUGACGAUGAAGAUGGAACGACUAACUUGCCAGACACCGUUCUAAGUGAGACAACCCCGGUCGUUGUGGUAAGUUACGAAAAUAUUGAUCUUUCAUCGAAAACAACACAAAAUACAGAAGAAAUAUCGAGGAAAAAUAAUUUCUGUUCAAAUGAUACCAUUGAAAAUAACAAAGAAGGCGAAACGAAUGUAAUAACAGCCCAAGAUUGUUUGACGAUAUCCUAUUCAGCGUCUGACAAUUCUCAAAUUGUAAAAACUUCCAAAAGAACUAUAGGAGAAGGCGUUGUAAAACCUGGAAGCAUUAUACACUGUAUCAGCAACGGUCCCGACGACAUACCUACGAUUCACAUAGUGGACAAUUUAGAAAUAAGCAACAUCCUGGGGGCGCCUGAUGAUCAGGUUAUACAAACAUUGGAGAAACAGAAGACAAUACCAUUUUUCAGGGAAUCGAAUAAUGAUGACGAAACAGAUGCGAUAGUACGCGAAAGUGCAGAAGAGCAGGAGACCAAGAGCGACACAACUCCUAUACUGCCUACUCCUGAUUAUACUCCGUCUUUGGAUAAUAUUAAUAAAAAUACAAGUGUAAAGAACUCGAGCAUAUCCGAAACUAUGAAAACGGUUACAAUAAACACAAAUCACGAAUUAAGGGUGUUAUCAACGUCGGAAAAGGAGAAUCUAGACGUUGGUGAUAACAUAGAAUUGAAGAAACAGCACAGUUUCGAAGAAUCCCAUAAUCCUGACGAUAUUAGUUUACCAGAUUUGCCAACGUCCGAAUGCACACCGAUAUCUACUACGUUGAACACCCCUAUUCAUUCCGACACCGAGGAAUCAUCGUCUCGUAACAUAGAGGAUUUAUCAAUAUCCACAAAUCCCAUAGAGGUGAUGCAAAACAGUCCAGUAAUCAGUUUUACACAGUUAAAUAGCGAGGAUAAAGUGAAGAAUAGAUCUCUCGAUACUUUGGAUCUCGAGUUUCAAAAGGAAAAUAAUAAUAAUAAUAAUAAUCAUCAUCAUCAUAAGAGCAACGAGAUCGAUACCUCGAACGAACAAGAGGUAAGCGAUUUUGAUUUCUCGAACAAUUCUAAAACAAAAUCGAACGAGAUAACGAGAAAUAGACAGACGAAGAAUUUUGAGGUUAACAGUUCGAGAAAGAAAGCGUGCCUGAUGGACGGCAAAGAGGAGGAUGCAACGAACACAUGCGAUGUUCUAACAUCCAUCGAGUAUGAAUCGGAGGUUGAGGAUUACGUGCACGAGAGAAAACACAAAAGAAGAUCGAUAGAAACGACGAUAAGAGGUGGAAUUCAAAAGCGUGACACAGGCGAUAACGUCAAUUCUAAUGCAAAUUUAAGCCGAACGAUGGCGUCCGACGACGAGUCGCAAGCAUUGAAAAAUGAUAAAGAGUUGUACAGAAGGAAACGGAUAAAGGAUGUGUCAACAAACACUUCCUGUUCAACGUCCUGUGAGCAUGAUUUAAACAUUAAAAAAAGGAUAAAAGAGGGGGCUGGUUGGAAGGACAAGUGUACGGAUAAAUAUUCGGAUAAGAAUGUCGGAUCUCAGAAAAAGGAUAUCGAUCAUUCGAAACAAUCGAAAGUCUCUGAUACUAUGAGAAAGUUAGACGAUUCGAGCUCGAUCGAAAGUGAAGAGCAUUCCGUGUGCCAUAUGACUUCUCAAUGCAAACACUGUUCCGUUGCUGUGAUAAAGGAUAACGUUGCCUUAAACGAUAAGAGAACACACGGCAGCGCGGACAGAAUGACGAGUUUAAAGGAGUCCAAGAAUACCAAAGAGCUUCCCGAAGAGACGGAAAAUAGAAAGCACGUAUCCGGCAAAACGACGUUCCACGAGAGCAUUCAAUCUCAAACUUCUAAAUUGUUGCAGAAAGAUUUGAAAACGACGGUGGACGGGGAUGUCAGAUACACCGCCGAGGAGAUGCGUUUACUGAAAGAGUAUAGGAGAACGAAAGAGAAGAUGUAUCAGGAUACGCGUGACGAGAAGAAGAGGUUAAAAAUAGGUGGUCACAAAGCGAGAUGUUCGAGGCAGAGCACCGAGAUACCAGGGAUACCGCGCAAAGCGUGUCUGGAAAAUUCAAUAUCUUCUAUAGUAAAUUCGGGGAAUCUCGUGACGCAGGAGGAGGCUAAGAAGGGCCAUCCGAAAAAUUUAGUAAAAAGCCCCGAUUUUGGUAUUCAAGUGGCGAACGUGAACUUGAAGAUUAAGGAUAACGAUAUCGGUAAGAAAUUAAUUCUCGGCGAUAAAUCAUCAGGCCACCAUCAGGAACACGCGAAAGAUUCUUUGGAGGGAAUCCAAAUUGAGAUCAACGUUUCGUGCACGGACAGAAACGCGAAGGGGCAGGAGCAGCGAUUGUUGUACGACGACCAUAACCUGUACGAGAUCCACGAUCCCCCUUCUUUUUCCAACACGUUGGAACGUAGAUCGCACGCCAAUCAGGAGAACGAUACGAAAUUAUCCGACAGAGAUCAGGGAUCAUGUGAAAAAUUCGAUGAUCCCUCGGUAGAUGCUAUCGAAUCGAGCCAGGAUAAAAGCGAAGGUGAGAAAAAUUUGAGGGCGGUGAGAAAGGAUGGGGGGAGAGGCUCGUUGGAAGGAAACGAGGAAAUGAAUUCUGGCGUUCCUGAAGAAACUUUAAACGAUUACACGUCGGAUAAUCGAUUCAUAAAUAAAUCCUUGUGCAACGAGGAUGUAUCUUGCAAGGAUAAAACCGAGGCAAUUCAGGGUGUUAAUUACGAAAUCGAUCCUAUGGAUGUAAUCAAAUCAAAAAGCGCAAUAUCAAGUACUGCCAUAAUCGAUGCAAAUAAUAAAAUUAAGGGGAGGAAUAAGGUGGAGAACGAGAAUAGGGAAGAUAAUAAUUCCAUUCGGGUGAUGAAUGAUGAUCGGAUAGGAAAGAAGAAUAGUUCCACGAGUUCGAUCGAUGUCUCGAGUGUAAUAAUGGAAAAGGAGAUGGAGUGUCUCUCGAAGACUUCUACAAAACUGCCGGAAAGCAACUUUGAGUUAAGAAGCAAUUCGUUAAGUAAUUUGGAUUUAAAGAAUUUAAAAUAUUCUGGUAUUGAUUUAGAUUGUGAUCACAGGCCAGACGAGGGAUCGGAAAAGGAUGAAGUGUGCGCGGGCAGAUGGAAGAAGCCAAAGAUGGACGACAUUUUCGAAGACUGCGAAAUGUUUCAAAGUAGCAAUGGAUACAUAAAUCCCAUAUUCUCGAGUAUAGAUAAGCUAGAAGAUCUGCACACAGUUCCUGUAUACACAACCAAAGAUGGAAAAAUAUCUUAUAGUCCUAAUCGAAGAUUCACUUAUCACGAAUUGAUGAUGGAGGCCCGUAAACGAGACUCUUACUCUUCCGUGAAAAAAUCUCAUUACACGGAUAAUUGGAACAAUUAUUACAAUUCUUCGAAGUUUCGUAAAUUGUACAAGAGAAAGCGACACCACGGCCUUAGCGAAAGGAAGAAAUACGAAUAUAAGAAUACAAAGUACCUUUAUGAUAGGAAAAGAAACAAUUCGGAUGAAUUUUACAGUAAAAAUCAUGUUAAGUACAAAGAUUACGUUCACAGCAUUAGGAACAAUAAUGCCGUUUGGACCGAUCAUUAUAAAAUGGAUAAAAUGUACAGCAGCAGUGAUUCCGAUGAACAGAUUAUGGAUCGCAAUAAAAAUUGCAUUAUCGAAGCGAGUAAUUGUAAGAAAGAUCAGAAUACGAGCAGUAAAUGUGUAUCUAAGAAAGAUGAAUCGAUUGGGAUCGAGAAAUUAGAUUUGGAGUCUAAAAAUGAAGAGAAUAAUGGUACCGAUAAUUUAUCGAAUAAAGAUAAAGAUUUAGAUUUAGGAGACCCGCAACCAGUUGAAUUUAAUAUCCUUGAUAAAAGUAAUGAAGAUUGCGAAAUUACCAAUUAUACAAACAAUCCUGAUAUGCAAUCGAAUAUUGCAUCAACUUCUGUAGAGUUGGAUCACGAAAAUGCGGGAAAUAAAAAACAAAAUGUGGAAAAUAAUGUAGAUAAAUGUUUAGAUGAUUCAGAAUUGAAUAACUUAAAGCCAGAACAAGAAGGAGAAAAUCUUCGAAUAAAUGAAAAUGAAAAUUCGAAAAAUGAAUGCACUAAUAAAAUUAUCGAUAAAAUUGAAUUGGAAAAUGAAAUUAUUCAUGAAAGUGAAGAGAAGGAGGGUGUAAAUGAGAAGGAGAGCGUAGAUGAGAAGGAUGAGUCAACUUCGAAACAAGAAAAAUCCUCAAUGAAUAAAGAUAUGCCAGAAAUUAAUUUGAGCGAUCUCGAAGAAGAAAAGAAUGAUAAAAACGUUGUUUCGGAGGGAACAGAUAUCAAACAGCAUGAAGAAGAAAUUGAUGCGAAUGUGUUUGAUGAUCAAACUCCUCCAGAAACUGAAAAGAAUUUUGAAAGUAUAGAGCAUAGUGUAGAAAUUAACAAAAAUUCAGAAACUGACCAAGUUGAUAUAUCAGAGCCUGUAAUUGAUGCGACAAAUGAAGUUUCAGAACUUCAAGUAGAAUCUAACGGAUUCGAUCAAAUUUCGCAAGAAUUUUUGAAUCCGGAAAAACCAAACGACGUGUUUAAUGAAAUUGUCGAAAAAUGUGAGAAAGAUAUCGGUGAAGAAAAUAUCUUGGAUUGUGAAAAAGAAAGUGUGCAAUUCAUCACGGAAGUUGAAAUUUCUAGUGAAAAUCAAGGGCACGAAGAAGAUUUGAACGAGGUAAAAGAAAAAGAUGCUGAGCUUUUGAAUUAUAAUAAUGAUGAUAAUUCGUUGAAAGAUACUUCCGUUUCUGUAAUGGAACAAGAGGAAUCCGAAUCUCAAUUAAUGUUGACAGAUUUAACGGAUCGAUACAUUUCUGUUGAAACGAUCGAAUACGAUGAAAAUAUUAAUGCAGAUUCUGAUCAAAUAGAUGACGAACAAAAUUUUUCCGAAGAGCAAAAUUUUGUUGGUUUUCCAGAAGAUCAAAUUGACAUUGAAGAUAAAUGUAUCACCGAAACUGUAUCAAAUAAAGGUGAAAUAGAAGUUAUUCUGUCAAAUAUAGAGGAAACUUUAGUCGAAGAAACAAUAGGAAAUGAUGGUUUAAGGAUCGAGAACGAACAAGAUGAUUUGCUAACUGUCUCUGAGAUAAAUUGCGAUCAAGAUUCAUUAGUAGAAAAAGAAACGCUUAUUUUCAAUACGUAUUGUGCUAACUCGCCAGGUAUGGACGUUGAAAUUAACAAAAAUAAGACUGAAGAAGAUGAAUCAAAAGAAGAGAAAAUUCCUCACGAAAAAGUUAAUAAUAAAAAUUUAAUUAAUUCGUCGGAUAGCAAUACAGACGUGGAGGCAAUACCCAAACUGAUUAUAAAGAAAGCUGACGCGUCAAAUUUGAAAUCAGAGUGUUCAAUAGAUCAUACAGAUUCUUCUGAAAGUUACAAUAAAUACGAUACGAAAUUAUUAUCUGAAUUACGUCCAAAAAUACCAAAGGUGAUCAUUAUGAAAAAUAGAUCACGAUCGGUGACUCCAACGGUUGAAAUUUUAGAAAAAUCUAAAUAUGAUAAAACACAAUCUUUUAUUCCAGAGCAAAACAAAAAUAUGGAUAUGGAUGACAAAAAUGUUGAAUCAUAUACUUUAAAAUACAGUAAUUACGAAAAUAAAGUACCUAAGGUGAGAAUAAAAUUGGAGGAUAUAUCAUCGAAAGAUUUGAAAUUAUAUUUAAAACGAAAAGCUACUAAGAAGACUAUUCCAAAGGUGAGAAUUAAGAAACUUAAAACGCAAGAGAGUGAAAGGUUUGAGAUGGAGAAUAGUUCAGGGACAGAAGGAGAAGCGGAAACUUCUUCUGAUGAAGAAGAUACAAAUUUUCACGAAUCCAGCGAUAUGGAAAGCGAAAGAAUACCAAAACUAAAAUUGAAAAAACAAGAAGAAAAUAAAUAUUUUUCACCAGAAAGAAAUAAAGGAAAAGAUUCGAGUAUUUCCAAAAUUUCCUUGAAAAAAAGCAAAAGAACAAAGGAAGAAGAUUCGAAACACACUGCCAAUAAGAACACGGCAAUUAACGAUGAAUUAAAGAAGAAGUUUCCUCAAUGCAUUAUCGAGAAAAUUCCUAAGGUUAUAAUAAAAAGAACGCAGAUUGGAACAGAAUUUAAAUGCGAAAUUAGUAAAAGUAAAAAGACUUCAAUCGCUGAAACUUCAAAAUGGCAACCGAAAGUAAAAUUACAAAGAUUAAAUGUUCUGGAUUAUAUGGUGAAAGAUUUGAAACAAUCGAAAAGUAUCAUUGAUACGGCCACUCACGUAAAGGAUAAUAAAGAUAAUGAUAUUAGUAAUGAGGUUGCAAUUGACAAUAAUAAAAUAAAAUUAUCUAGAUCUAAUUCAGUAUCCAAUUUAUCUCCUACUAAAUGCAAACAGAGAAGAUUAUCAGACUCUGGUUUUAUAAAAAUACACUCGAAAUCAAUUACUGAAUUCGAUGAUAACUUAGAUGAUAAUAUGGAUGAUAAUAUUUUCAAAUCAAACAAUAAUGAAAGUAAAAAUUUAAAGAAGAAGGAGAAGAAGAAAUUAUUUUCUCAAAAUGAACAAAUGUAUUGUAAUUAUAAUGAUGAGAGCGAGGAUGAAAUAAAAGAGACUGUCACGAAACAUUCCUUUAGAAAUAUUUUAACGAACGAAAACAACGAUCUGAUGGUUGUGAAGAAGAAAUACUCAUCAUUUGGGACCAAGGGAAGUACAUCUCUUAUAGAAGAUAAAUUUCUAGAUUCUGUCACAUGUUUAGAUAAUAAUGAUAAUGAUAGUUCAAUAAUUAAAAUCGAUUCUUCUGAUGAAAGUCAAACUACCAUAGAAAUUCUUCCAGCAUCACCAAAUAGUAGCGAUGAUGAACCAAAGAAUUCUGAAUCUGAAAAUACUAGUAAAAUAAACAUGGUAAAUGCAAUCCCAACUCAAUUGGAAUUAGAAUUGGAGCUUAUUGAUAACAAUAAUAUGUAUUCUGAUAUAUUUGCAUCGAAAAUAGACUAUGCAUCGCAUUCUAAAAACAAAUAUAUUAAUCAAGAAUCGACUGAAUCAUAUUUCGAUGAAUUUCAACAUUUCUCACAAGAUACUUUUGAUCAAAACGAUCAUAUCUUAAUAAAUAACAAUCAACAAUUGUAUAAUUCAGAAAAAGAAUCAAAUGAUUAUUUUUAUUGCAAUGAUUUAUUGGUUAAAGAAGUAUUAGCUGCUAAGGAAACAUUGAAGAAAUGUUUGACUCGACCAGAAAACAUAGAUAUAGAAGAAAGAAAAUCGCGAUUGAAAACAGUAGCUGAAAAGAAGCAAGGUUUAAGUUUCAGUUUUAACAAUUUUGGAAAAUCAUUAGAUAAAUUUGAAAAAGUAUGUACUAACAAAGAAAAUGAUGAAGUAAAAAAGGAUAGAACAUCUAAAAAUUUAGAAAAGAAAGGACACAAAUUUCCUCGUAAAAUGAAAACGGAAGAAAUUGAAGAAAGUUGUUCAAAACAAGAUGAAAGUUUUUCUCUGGUUUGCCCUACAGCUUCCACACACGAAGAGAAUAAUAUUUCCGAAUUGACAACGAUUUCGUUAAAAGCUUCUAAAAAAUUUGAUAAAACAACAAUGAACAACAAGGCAUCCCUGAAUAAUUCUGAUCCAUUACAUAACAACACAAAAGAAUUGCAGGAGGAAAAAUCUCAGAAAAAAAACAAUAGCAGCGAAUAUCAAAAAGAAAAUGAUAAUUCAAAUGAUACAAAGACAAAAGAGGAUAAUAUGCCAUUAUUAGUGCCAGAGUUUUCUUUAAAUUUUGAUUCCAAUUCAGAUAGAGAUAAUUCCAGAUCUCCACCUGUUAUAACGAAUCAAGAAGAACAAAUGAUAGGAGAUGUAAAGUUAAUGGAAAGUAAAAUGAUAAGUCAAAUUGAAAAAAUAGAUGAAAAUAAAAAACAUUCCUAUAAAGACUGUGAAAUGACAAUUGCUGAUAUUAUAACGCAAUUAGCUUAUCAUGAAAAGGCAACAAUAAAACAUAAAAGAUAUUGCAAUUUGUGCGAAAGAUGGUUUCCUACAACUUCACGACAUCGUCGACAUUUAGCUGGAUAUCAACAUCGUUAUAUGGAAUUGACACAACGUAAAAGUAUACACGCGCUUUUUAUUCUUUUUACUGGCAAACCAUGUCCAAGACUUUUGCCAGCAAAUAUCAUUCGCACUGAUUGUUCUAUAGGAGAAUUAACACCUUUGCAAAUUGCAGUUCAGGAUGUUGCAAAAUGUGUUGAAUAUGUGCAACCGGAUCAUAAGACAAAAGAAUAAUAAUAAUGAGUUAUUAUAAAUUAUUUUGGCUGCAUAGAUGAUUUCCUGUGAUUAUAUAUACUGAAACAAAUGAUGUGAGUACCUUUGAAAAAUGUACUAUAAUGAUAAACACAAAAUGAAUUCUGUGACUCUUUUAAUCUCAAUGAAAUUGUAUAUUUUCAAUAUGAUUACUAUUCUUGGCAAUCAUAUUAUAUCAUUAUAUAAUAUAUAUAUAUAUAUAAAAACAAUGAAAUUAACAUCUGUGAGCUUUGCAAAAAAAGAAAGCUUUGUUGAUUGAUGUUAAUUGUUAAGUUACUUGAAAAUUACUUUAAGUAGUUAGAUAUUUAGCCAAAGAUUUUAGCAAAAAAAAAAAAAAAAAAAAA